AAAUCCAAUCAUUUUUUUGAGACGCCGGAGAACUGAUCACAUAUAUUUAUUCCAACUAGUUGAGAACUUAUCUCUAAAUUCACUUCUUCCCGCAGCUCAAACUUUUCAGAACAGCUUAACUUCAAAAUCGAUUUUCUUCACAAAAAAAACUCACCUCAUUCCUCAAUCCAAACAAUAAUCAAUUUUCAUUUUCCAAAUUCAACAAAACAACCAUGGUGUUCAAAGAAGCAGGUUCAUCAUCCUACUCACUCCCACCCUACCCACGCGAAGACACCCCCCUUCUUACUAACUCACCCCCCCUCUCUUCCCAAUUCAAAACCUGCGCCAACAUCUUCAUCGCCAUCGUCGGCGCCGGCGUUCUCGGUCUCCCUUACUCCUUCAAACGCACCGGCUACCUCACCGGUCUCAUCAACCUAUUUACCAUCGCUUACCUCACCUACCACUGCAUGCUCCUCCUCGUCAACACUCGCCGGAAACUCGAAUCCAUCACCGGUUUCUCCAAAAUCAAAUCUUUCGGCGAUUUGGGUUUCACCAUUUGUGGCCCAUUAGGUCGUUUUUCCGUUGACUCCAUGAUUGUGCUUUCACAAGCUGGGUUUUGUGUCAGUUACCUUAUUUUCAUUUCUUCAACUUUAUCAUUUCUCACCGCCGGUGAUGAAACAGACACUAUUUUCAUCGGUUUAACGGCGAAAAGUUUGUAUCUUUGGGGUUGUUUUCCAUUUCAAUUAGGGUUGAAUUCGAUCAAAACUUUGACCCAUUUAGCCCCUUUGAGUAUUUUUGCUGAUGUUGUUGAUAUUUCUGCUAAGAGUGUUGUUAUGGUUGAAGAUGUUUUUGUUUUCAUGCAAAAUAGACCAAAUUUGGAAGCUUUUAAGGGUUUUGGUGUUUUUUUCUAUGGUAUUGGUGUAGCUGUUUAUGCUUUUGAAGGGAUUGGAAUGGUUUUGCCUUUGGAAAGUGAGACUAAAGAUAAGGAGAAAUUUGGAAGGGUUUUAGGGUUAGGGAUGGGUAUGAUUUCUAUAUUAUUUGGUGCAUUUGGUGUUUUAGGUUAUUUUGCUUUUGGUGAAGAAACUAAGGAUAUUAUUACUAAUAAUUUAGGUCAAGGUGUGAUAGGUGUUAUGGUUCAAUUAGGGCUAUGUAUUAAUUUGUUUAUUACAUUUCCUUUGAUGAUGAAUCCUGUUUAUGAGGUUUUUGAGAGAAGGUUUUGUGAUUCUAGGUAUUGUUUAUGGGUGAGGUGGUUGUUGGUUUUGGUGGUGAGUUUGGUGGCAGUUUUGGUGCCAAAUUUUGCUGAUUUUUUGUCACUUGUUGGAAGUAGUGUUUGUGUUGUUCUUGGUUUUGUGUUGCCUGCUUUGUUUCAUUGUAUGGUUUUUAAGGAAGAGUUGGGUUGGAAAUGCUUGGUUUCAGAUGGGGCAAUUAUGGUUUUUGGAUUUGUUGUUGCUGUUUAUGGAACCUAUACUUCUGUUUCAGAGAUUCUUUCUCCUAAGGCUUAAUUGAUUUGGAAGAAGAAAAGUUUGAAAGAUUAAAAACUGUGAAUUUUCAGGUGUUUUUGAUGAAGGAACAAUUUUUUGUGUUAAAUGUUACAUGCUGAAGGAUACUUGGUUGUUCCUUAAUUGGGCAGGAAUUCUUUUACAUGGGUCAUCAAUUUGGAUUUGAUGCUUCUGUUAAGUGUUUUUUGUUGAUUGAAUAUAUGAUAAAGCUACGAAUUCUAUUCUUUGUUGUUGGAUUUUUUGUAAUCUGUAAAAAGUUUUAGGUCUAUAGUUUGUUGGAAUUGAAGGAAAUAAAGAGAAAAAGGAACAUAUGCAAGUGUAUCUUGAACAUUUUUGUAAGUUUGAGAAAUAUUUACAUCAUUUGCUGUGUAAAUUUUUUGCUCUCUUAGUCAUAGGCAUAUCAAUAUCCUUGUGUGGAAUUGCAAAGAAAAAAUGUUGUUGGUAUGGAUCAAAUAGAGACUUGCAAAGUUGUAA